UUCGUGUUGUUUGUGUGUUUCUGGUCCAGAAGAGAUAUAACCUCAAUUUUAGUGCUUUUGCUUUUGUAUUUUUUCAUUUUCAUCCUAAUUUUCAAGAGUGCACUAAUUAUUUUGUGGAGUAAUAAACUGUGGGUGAUCUUUAAUACCUCAAAUUCAUCUGAGUGUCAGUGAAGGACAAAUGUCUGGCAUUUUUCAUCUUCGAUGUUGUGUUCUUGUGUAACUUCUAAUACUCGGUGCCCAUUAGAUUUUUCAAAACCAUUUGCACUUUGCCCCUUGGAUUGCAAACUUUCAAAGCAUUUACUAUGUUUCCAAGUGUAAUCUUUUCCAUGGGUUCACUGGAACCCUCAGCAUGUCUAUCACCUCAGCAAAAUCUUAUCUUUAAAAAAUAUGGAACGAGUGGAAUUCCUAAUUGAGUUUUGUUUGCUUAGUCUUAAUGGCGGUGGGCAGUAAAACGACAAUGUCUGAAGCUGCACCAUCAUCGAAUGUCAAUGUCAUCUAUUGGAGUGUAAAACAUGUUAAACAGUGGCUCCAUGAGAAAGGGUACGAUGAGCGGCUGCGAUCAACAUUCGAAAAAAAUCGCAUUGACGGAAAAGCGUUGCUGCUCCUCAAUGAUUCCGACCUCCGAUCUCCGUUGCUCAACAUAACUGCUCUAGGAGAUAUGAAAAGGCUGAAUCUAGAUAUCAGACAACUGAAAGCAGACAAUCGUCAAUCUAUCCAAGAGCUUGGGUUUGAUCCUACAUCUCUUCUGCAUCUCUCACCUUGCUCACCGUAUGGUAAAGGACUCUCCUCAUCCAAUCCUUUUUAUUACGAUUCAUAUAAUGAAUUAGGGUACACCGAUCCUGAUGUCUGCUACACGCACUCAACACCAUCAUCAGAAGAUGGCCUGGCAACCAAACUGAGACCUGAGGUGUCGAAGACUCUUAUUGCAAUGGCGUAUGUGUUUGUCGUGACUUGGAUAACUGCGUUUGUAAUGGUGAUUGUACAUGAUCGUGUGCCCGACAUGAAACGCUACCCUCCUCUGCCAGACAUAUUCCUGGACAAUGUGCCUUAUAUCCCCUGGGCAUUCCACAUGUGUGAAUGGACAGGCACCCUGCUCCUCCUCAUCUGGAUUUGUGUCCUUGUUUUUCACAAGCAUAGGUUUAUUUUGCUUAGAAGAUUUUUCGCACUUUCUGGCACAGUUUUUCUACUUCGUUGUAUAACAAUGUUAAUCACCUCAUUGUCGGUUCCUGGAACUCAUCUGGAGUGCAACCCUCGGACCUACGCAUAUGAUGAAAAUGAGAACAUCUUCAUGGACAUCAUGCGGAAAGUUAAGCAAGCUUAUAUUAUCUGGCGUGGUGCUGGAAUGUCCAUUCAAGGAGUUCGAACAUGCGGAGACUAUAUGUUCAGUGGCCACACUGUUGCGCUCACAAUGCUCAACUUCUUCAUCACAGAAUACACUCCCCGCGACAUCUACAUCCUGCACACAUUCACCUGGAUGCUAAACAUGUUUGGUAUCUUUUUCAUCCUCUCUGGCCAUGAACACUACUCCAUCGAUGUCUUUAUCGCUUUUUAUAUAACCUCCCGUUUGUUUUUAUACUAUCACACGCUGGCCAACAACCAAGCGUUGAUGCAGCGAGACUCAAAUCGCACGAGAAUUUGGUUCCCCUUGUUCAGUUACUUUGAGUCCUCCGUCGACGGCAUGGUCCCCAACGAGUAUGAGUCGACUAGUUGUAUCAUUAAGAACUUAUUCAAUUUUAUCCUAAGCUUCUUCUUGCAGAUAGCCUUGUUCUGCAAGAGUCGUAUCCGUUACUCCACACAUAUCUUAGACUGCAACAUUUUUGUGGAUAAUUCAAAUUCUAGGUAUAUCAAUAAAAAAGCCAAAGUCAAGAACAAACUUCAUUGAUCUGUAGUUUGCUUGUGGCAUGGACCGUUAGAUAGAAUCUGAAUUUAAGCAUUAUUCCAAUUAGUAAUCGACCACCUCUUAGGUAAAAGAGCAUAUGAGGCUUCCAGUGCUGCUAAGAUUGUGCAAUGUACUUCUUUAAUCACAAGUAACCUGUCCAGAAGCUCUGUCAUAAACUUUUCCAAGAAUCCACUCCAAAUUUUUCCUCACUACUGUGCGGAGUAACUGUAAAGUUCUUGACUGUAGUUGACUGAUGCUAUAAAUGAAAAAUUGCACAACCUUAGCAGCAUUGCAAGUCUCACAUGCUGUUUUACCCAAGAUGUCCUCAAUUUUAAACAGAGGGAUUGCGAUUUAUUUAAGUAACAUUACAAUUUAAUUGGUACUUUAUCACAAAUAAGGCAGUAGGAUUGUGGGGCUUCACUCGAUUUUACACCGAUUUAUCACAAUUUUUUCACCAACAGCAUCCUACAUUAUUGGCAUUGUUAAAGUAGCGAUGUUUUAUUAAUUUUUUUCAAUCAAUCAUAAUUUUUUGUUUCAAUAUACUCUGAAAAUUGGAUACAACAACUUUCUAGGGACCAGCCAAAUUUGAUCAUCAUAUUGGAUUGUCUUUAUAACUGAUGCAUAAAUACAUGGAAUCAAUAGGACUUCAACUGUGGGGCUGACUGAAUCGCACUUCGUUAUGACCGAUGUGUUGUUAUAAGGGAUGUCGUAUUAUCCAAUUUCCACUGUAUUGCAGUUAUUUGCAUGGUGAUAAAAUAUCAAUGACCAACCAAUUGAUUCGCCAUUAAUUACAACCAUUGCUGCUAAAUUCAACUGUUCGUUGAAAUAUCACUGAAACAACGCUUUAUGAAAAGAAAAUUACUGAAGAUAGAUGUUAACACUUUGUGAAUCCAUAAAUUCAAACAUACAAAAGAAAAAGUAUCAAAAAAGCCAAAAUUUAUUUGAUUCAAUUGCACACUAAACAGAUGUUGGGUGUUUUCAUGAGUGGUAAAAUAUUAGAGUCAGUGCCAACUAAGUUUGCUUAGUCUGAAAGUGAGACAGAAGAUUAACCAUCUUGCCUCUCGCAUUCACUUUCCAUGCGAAAAUGAUGCCAGAUGAUCUUCUGUCCUAGUCCAAAAGUGCGAACUUCUUUGGUGUGGACUCUGUAUAGAACCCUAAUUACUCUAUUAUAAAAUGUCAAGUAUGGCAAAUCAAAGAGGACCGAAAGUUGCUGCAUAUAAUUUGCCGAACAUAUUAGAUAACUCUCCAUGAGCACUUUGACUCAUCUAUAUUUUGGUUUUCUUUUUAGCAAAAAUUCAAAUUUUUCAAAAUCAAUACUACUUAAAAUUGUUAGAUUUCACCCAGGAGAUGAUUAGAGACAUUUUUAUUUAUUAUGGGAAGAAAGCUUCCAGCGAAAAAUUUCAAUGAGAGCAAAUUUUAUAUAGCUUGAAUCCAGAUUCGAUUUAAUGGUUCAUUUUGCCAUCAUUUGUACAAACUAGGUAUUUUUUUUCUUCUUUAAUUUUUAUACAUAUUUCCUUUUUUUGUAUUGUUCUAUAAGUAUACAUUUUAAAUACUGCCACAACGCUGUACCAAAGUCACCCUCUCUUGUUUUUUUACAUUUGACGUUUCGACUCUUCGAAACUCUGAGAUAAAUUUUGUGCACAACUGUUACGUGUUUAUAUACCUAAAUAACUCCUGUUAGAGUCAAAAAAGUCCAGUCUUUUGUUGUUUUUAAGAUCUAUUCUUAAAAUCAUUGUGCUCUCACCAAAGAUUGCUGCUCAUGCAAAACCUGCUGGAUAUGCUGCAGUUACAUUUAUUUUUCGGUUUUUAUUGCUUUUUCUUUUUUGGGUAUAUUGUAUUGCAGCCUCUAUUUUAACAUAAAAGUGAAUAUAUUUUUAAUCCGCUCACUUUGGUCUAAGUCUGCUAUAUAUGGCAUGAGCAAACGUCUUCCCUUCUGUGAUUGUAGUCUUUCAUAUGGGAGUAAGUUUGGUGCAGUUAUGAUAGAAGGCAAAAUAUUCUCUUCUAGUAAUGCUUAGCAUGUCUGAUGUUCUUCAUUUCCUUUUAUAAUAGAACCUUAAUUAUCGGACUCAAUAUAGUGAUCGGAUAUUAAAAAUGUUGGGCAACAGGAUCCUUGUUUCCUGAACAAAGAAGUAAACAUUUAUCGAAGCUCUAGACAUGAAAGAGCUUGCAGUGUAAGUUCACCCACUGUCUAGAAGUUUGCCCAUUUUAAAAUGAAAAUCCAUGUUAAAGUAAAAUUAAGCAAAUUUAAGUGAAACUUUAUGACUGAAUGUUUGCAGAUCUGUCUAACAAUUUUCUCUCUCCACCCUUUCCCAGCCCUCAUCGUCUUUCCCACGAAGGAACAUAUCUUGUCUGCCCUGUCUCAGUAUUUCUACGAACAUUUUAUUUUUGCAAGGAAGAACCAUCCCACAAAUGUUUCUAAAAAUUUUAGCGUCUACAUAUUUAGCACAUUUUAGUGACAAGUUACCUCAAGAGUUGAAAGAGAUCUUUGUCAAAGCUGAGUCGUCAAAUUUGUUCAUUAAGAUAUUAAAAGAGCACUUUUUACAAAACGCUUACUACACCUUGCAAGAAGUUUUAAAUUUGUAAUAUUCAUCUGUUUUGUAACUUUUUCUAAUUCGACUUGUGUGAGCCUUUCUGUUCAGGCUAAUGUACUAAUCUUUUAAAAUAAAUAAAUAUCUUCGGCCAAUGUAACCAAAAAUCACCGAAAAUUUCAGGUAAAUGCAUGUGAUGAUUUUUCUGUUAAAAAAAAAUAAAAUAUCAGUAAGGAGUACUGAGACAGUGUGAUCAGAAUGCGUUUCUUCGUGUAAAAGGUAAAAAUAUGCAAUCUAUUGGAGGCAUCAAAUUAAAAUAGUCAGAUAAUUGAGGUUUUGCUGUAAUAGGAAGGAAAUUUGAAAAUUUUCCUGUCCAUUUUGCGAACUUAUUGCGAUUUUAAAGUUUUUAAAAAUGUGAAGCAGUAGAAUCGUUUUAGUGAAAUACUUUUUAUAAAAAAGAAAAAAUCUCCUAUCUAUGUUUCCUUUCUCAGGAAAUCUAUAGAAAGCAAGUGAUUUUUAAAUCUUCUCUUGAAUACCGAUCAUCUAAAUAGCAGGGUUUUAAGGGUCAGAAAAAUUUGUAGAAUUAAGAUCAAUUAAUAAGAAAGGAAGGAAAUUUUUAUUACUUUGAAUUUUUAUUUUAUUUCAAGUGUCGUAGUAGGAUUUUAUUUUACUGUCCUUCAAUUUUGGUGGCCAUGGAUUUUUUUUUGCUUUUUAGAAAAUUUGGGAAAUUUCAAGGAUUCUCGGUUUUUCUUUAUUUUUGGAAUGUUAAUACUUAACUGAACAAGUAGUUCCUCAGGUAUUAAAGGUGUUUUGUAAUUCCUGGAAAAUCUAACUAUUAGUUGUACUCUUAGUACCCUUUGGAAACUCCGCAAUAUUGACAUCUCUCCUUCACUAAUCUCACUGUAAAUGUCAUUGGGAAUGACAAAUAAGAAAUUGAUCCACAACCUUAUGCUGGUGAAAGAGUGGGAUUAGACAUCUACUAGAAAAUUAUCCCUCAUUGGAAGGAAAUAUUUUUGAUAGGAGGUGGUGGAAAUAUUUUUCCAUUUAACGGUCAAUCCUAAAAUUUUGUGAAUUGUUGUCUUGAAGUUUGUUUAUAAGCAAGCAGGAAUCUCAGUUAGAAAGGAAACUCCACAUCAGAAUGAUUUAAAUCUGUUGUCUUCACAGCCAAUUCAUUUAAGUUCAAUUUGAAAUAUAUCUCUAAAAAAAAUAAAAAUAAAACAAGGAUUCUGGAAAAAAAAUUGCCACCUAAUAAACUUUCAUUUUGUUUUGAAUUUGCUAAAGGCUUUUAGAAAGCAGAAGUUUGUAUUCUGCACAGCCAACGGGGAUCUCUUUCUCAAAAUCUCAUUUUCGGCCAUGAAGGGCCCAAAUUUUGCUGGCAAUGGUUGACUGCAAGUUGCAAGACCUAAUUUUCAAGUUUGGAAAAUUAUAUACGAUACUCAAAUUAUGCAAGUUAAGAUUUUUUACAGCCAACUCCAACCAUUCUCCUUUCCCUUAUGGUGCAAACAAUUCAUAUUUGAUCAAGUAGUAAAGUCAUUAUUUUUACUACAACUUGCAGCUGACUGAAAACCUACUAACAAAAUUAGGGCCUUGGCUAAUAAUCCUCAGAGUAAGUAUUGUUACUUCAAGGAGCCAAGGCUGCAACAAAAAUCAAGGCUACCAAGAUUUUUCAGGUGCCAUGUUUGGCUAGUGUUGCUCAUUUUGGUCCAAGUCUGAUUUUUAAGUGUAUGUGGCACAUGGUGCCUUGCGAAAUAAGAUUACUGCUCUGUGUAUCAUUACUUACCAGAAAAAUUGCACACAAAUAUUUUUUUUCAAUCAGUAUCGCUAGACAAAACUGAGUCCAAUGUUGCUAUCUCAACAGUUCAACGUUAUUUGCAAUUGUUUUUGCAUCAUAAUAUUCUGCAAUAGCUUGCAAAGUGUGCGAUUCUUCAAAUUUCAUACCCUCUCUUGCCCUAACCCUGACUCCCAGAGAGCUUCAUCUUGUUUGUUUUUUCAAAGUCAUUUGUUUUUGAUCUUAAAUUGUUGUUGUACUCUAAUAAAGAAACAGAAACUAUGAUUUUAAAUUUUAUACCUAUGUGUAGAUUCGUUCCUGUUGGACUGUCAUGAAUAAAACAUUUUUUUAGUUUUCAGGAGAA